CGUUUUUUGAUGUUUUCGCUCAUUCCGAGUGUGUUGUGAGUGUGUGUGUGUGUGCGUGUGUAUUUGUAUGUUUUUAAUAAUUUUUUUAUUAUUAUUAUUAUUCAAUUUUCUAGUAGUUUUCGCUAUAUCGGCGGUAGCAAUAUCGCGGUUGUCGGGUGUCCGUGUGCGGCGCGUUGGUGAUAUUCGUUAUUUUGGCCGUUGUUUUUUUUAAUGUCAUUUCCUUAGCGAUGUGCCGUCGUUUGCCUUUGAACCGCCACAAUAGCGGCCGUCGUAUUUCCGCGUUUCAAUCGGAUUCGGUUUCGUUUUUCUGAUAUUAUCAUCAUCAUACAGAUAAUAAUUGUAUUAUUAUUGCAAAAAAAACUAUUUCGGUACGUUGUGUGUUGUUCAAGUGUUAGUCGACGCUCGUCGGACACGAGUGGAGACGCGAUGUGUCGCCGCGUUAGGAAAUUGUGAUUUCCCACAACAACCGCGAAUAACGUCAAAACCAACAUGUCGGCCUGCGAAACCGGCCAGACCAACAGCAACUGUGAUCCAGAAGAGAAAUACAUAAAAACUCCCAGUGUUUCCAGUUUAGAUUCCGAAACAUCAUCGUCAAGUUAUAAUAUAUUUUUAGAAAAAUCACUUAUAUCUGAUUCAGAUGUCAUUUAUGCUAUUAAGAAAUUAAAUGUUUCUGUUAAGUAUUUGGAAGAUUUAUCAGACGUCAAUAAUUUAGAUAAAAAUGAUAUCUUGGUUACUGAAAUUUUUGAGCAAUUGGCAGUUAAACGACCUUGUUUUAAAAUACUAGGGCGACCAGCUUUAUUAGAAUUGGCUGUUAGUCCAAAUGGUUUACAAGGUAUCAAUCGGCAUCGUUAUUGCAAUGCCUUAGUUGGUGCUAUUGUCAGCGUUACUGGAAUUCAAAAGAGAGAUGAAAUGGCUCGUCUAUUAAGUUUAAUACGUUGGAUGGGUGGUAGUUUUCGAGAAAACAUUAACCACAAGACUACAUUUUUGGUGUCUGGCUAUGCUUGCAGUGCUAAAUCUCAGUAUGCAUAUUUACACGAAAUUCCAGUUGUCGGAUCAUCUUGGUUACACGAAGCUUGGAAAAGGCGCAAUGAAUUAGGGUUUUUGGCCUCGAACUCAUCAUUUGUAUCGGAACAUAAGUUAAAACCAUUCCAUGGUGCUAAGAUAUGUUUUACUGGGUUUACCGAAGAAGAAAGAACUCAUAUGGUCGAUGUUUUGUUGCAAAAUGGAGGAACUCCUGUUGAUGAAAAUGAUGCAGAGUGUACUCAUCUAGUUACAAAGGAAGGCUUUGCCUGUGCCGCCUCUAGUCCUUUAGGAAAUCGAGAACCAAAUACUACACCAUGCUUAAGAGGUGUACUGGCUCCUAAAAAUCUAACCAAAACGUUAGAAAAAGAGGAUAGCCAAUCUGCCAGUCCUAAUACUAGGCUGGGGGGGUUAAAAAGAACACUCAGUGUGAGUGACACGAGUAAUUUACAUGAAAUCAAGAAGAAGCGUUUUAUAGAUUCAGAUUGCAACAAGCACCUGUUUAAACAUCCUAAUCCUCUAUCGGCACAUUUGGAUCAAAUGGAUUGCUGCAAUUCGGUGGUAAAUGAAUCUUCAGUAGAAUCAAUUCCUAUGGUAAAGAAAAACAAUGCCGAAGUGGUGAAAGAAGCCUGGUUUUGGACGUCAGUUCAAUAUCAAAGUUGUGCAUUAAUUAAAGAAUAUUUUUUAACUAAUUUGAAUGUGUCUAAUACGCCAACAUCUGCUUUAUCGUCUACUUUGACAUUAAGCUCGUCGUCUCGUACAAGGAAGAGGAGAAGACAAUUAGACCGGUUCAGUACAUUAUUAAAGUCCAGUCCAACUACUUCAACAAAUAUUGGUGAAACAUCUCCGACUAGCUGUUCAGGUCCGUCUAAACGGCGUUCUUCAGCGGCUAAUACUUUAGAUGGUUUGAGAUUAUCCUGUGGAUCAUUUUUAAAUUUUACUACUAGCCCUGAUCCGUCACCUUUUAAGCAUCCUAAAGAUCCAGAUUUAGUUUUAAAGGAUAAGCCAUUUAGUCCUAGGUAUCAAGUUUUUUCUGAAUUAUUGCAAACAGAAAUAAAUUAUGUAGGAGUUUUAAACACAAUCAUUACUGUGUAUAAAGAACCUUUAGAAGAAAUGGUUGAUAAAGAAGAUUAUUUACUUAAUAACACAGAGAUAAAAAUUAUUUUCGGAAAUGUUUUACCCAUUUAUCAAGUACACCGAGAAAUGUUAGAAGAACUGAAGUGUCUCGCUGGCACUUGGCAAGAAGAUAGUAGCAUAGGCAGUGUUUUUUUGAAAUACUCCAACGAGCUAGUAAAAGCUUAUCCUCCAUUUGUAAACUUUUUUGAAAAGACACGUGAGAUGCUUCUACAGUGUGACCAAACAAAACCCCGUUUUCAUGCAUUCCUUAAAGUCGGUCAAACAAGACCAGAAUGUUGCCGCCAAAGUCUCCAAGAACUUCUCAUACGACCUGUUCAACGACUACCUAGUAUUAGUCUACUUUUAAAUGACAUACUAAAACAUUCAGACAAAAAUAAUCCAGACCAUGUAGCUCUCGUAUCAGCUUUGGCUAGUAUAAGAGAAAUUAUGACCCAUAUAAAUGAAGACAAAAGAAGGACUGAAGGCCAAGUUGUUCUUUUUGAUAUUUUCAAUGAAAUUGACAAUUGUCCUCCUCAUUUAGUCUCUUCACAUAGAAGUUUUAUCACAAAAUGUGAUGUGAUUGAAAUCAGCGACAAUCUUAGUGGCCGUGGUGAUCAUUUGACAAUAUUUGUUUUUUCUGACAUUGUAGAGGUCUGUAAAAAAAGAAAAUCAUUUAAUGGAAAAAGUCCUAAGGAGCCGAACUCGGGUUCUCACAAAUUAAACGGUGCCAAAUUGUACAAACAUAUUAAGCUAAUGCCGUUAAAUAUUAUCAAACAAGUGAUAGACAUCAAAGAGACUGAUGAUUGUCGUAAUGCAUUUUCAUUAAUGAUUAUUGAUAACCAUGAUUUUCAAGAACGGUUGUAUACAUUUACUUUAACUGGAAGUAAUUGUAAUAACAAUAACAAAAAUUUAUUUUUAAAAAAUAUAUCUCAGCAAGUAGCCAACACAAAUUGCUCUGGAAAUAUAUUGAUUUCUUUGGAUUCUCAACAGUUGGAUAUUGAUACAAGUGAAAUCACGACCGGUACACUAGGAAAAGCAUUCAAAUUUGCAAGCAGAACUCGUAUGAAAGUAGGCCGGGCUCUAAGUUUCAAUAAGACACCAAGUAAGCUUAAACGAGCUGUUUCAACAAUGAUGAGUCCCGUGCUCGGCUUAACAAAUAAUGGGCCAGGAACACAUGCACUAACACCGUCCACGCAGCUGGCCAACAUGCACUUGGCGUCUUGCACCACUCUAAACGAAAUGUCGUCGACCAACAAUCAUACAUACCCAUCGCCUCCAAUGUCGGUUCAACCAAAUAGAAAAAAUAAAACAUCGAUUUUGAGUUUAUCGUCAGCUCCCAGGUAGCGUCCACUGGCCUAUCGAUAUCUGAUCAACUCGUUUCGGAACUCAAAGAAUUUUGUUUCGAUUUUCAGUCAUCAGUAUCGAUAGCUACUAUUAUUAUUAUUAUUAUUAUAAUUAUUUGCAUUUUGUAAUCAAUUUUAAUUUUAUUUUUUUAACUAUUUUUUUUUUUUUUAACACUUAAGAUUUGUAUAGUAGUGUUAUUAUUUUCAACUUUUCCAGACAUUCUUUCUCCAAUAAUUUCUUUACUCUUAUACUUGAUUGUUCAUACACAUUUCCAAUGAUUGGUCUUAUAUAAUUUCCACAUCUAUUAUAUAUUUUGUUCAAUUGUGGAUCGUUUACUCAAAUAAACGUAGUAUUGAUGUUAUAAAGUUACCAUAAUAUAUAUA